GUUCCGUCGUGCUUGAUCCAGGCUCUGCAUUCGCCCAUCGGCCCGCGGGUCAGCGUCAGCGAUCACCCAGAGCCAUUUCCCAACGGAAGACGCAAUCAGCAGUGCACUAAAAUCACAAGCAAAGUCGACAACUCUCCCCUCAUCGCGUUCCAACAUGGAUACUUCUGUUGAAGACGACAUCGACGACUUGGUGGAUUUGGAGGCUGCCGACAUGCGUCACGUCCUCAACUCGCAGGGAGACGAGAUUAUGAACCUCGACGCGACGAUGGAUCCGAUGUUGCUGGCCUCUCCCUCGCAAUCACCUCCGUCAGUGGCUCGCCCGUCGCCAUUUGCCUUCAAGACUGCCUCGCCCUCUGGCCACGUCUUCUCGUUCAGCUCGCCGUGCCUCAAGACUCCCGGCCACACGGAUGCAUCGCCGUUGACCAAGAGCGCCGAAUGGGCCAACACCGGCAAGCUCGAGACCCCCAGACUUGACAGCGGAAUGUUCGACAUCCAUCUCGUUCCUUUGACUCCCAUCCGGAACCAGGACGCUUCUCAGAUGCUCGCCGAGAACCUCGAGGAUACAAAGCCGCCAACGCCGCUCUUUGCAGGCACCGAUAGCCCCAUGACCGCCGCUCCAGGCGCAUCGCCCUUUUCCCAGAUGAAGACCACCAACGCGGCACUAACUGACGCCGACUUGGCCCGCAUGAAGGAUCUCGGCGAAAUCCCCGAGGACGCCAGUUUUCUGUCCGGCUCGCUGGAGCCCAAAGCGGCGCGGUCGCCAUUCAGCUUCCUGGCAAGUCCGUUCCAGAAAAGGUCUCAGGAUACAUCCUUUGGCCUGGAUCUGACCAGCCCGUUCCAAAAAAAAUCACAGGACUCGUCCUUCAGCCUUGACCUGACCACUCCGGUAUCCAAGACCCCAAAGUCGCCGAAUCUCAGGCUCUUCAGCAAAAGUAGAAAGGGCAGUCCAUUCACAAAGCUCUUCGCGGGAUGCGAGCUCAUGAAUGAAGAAAAACCCGCUGACAUGGAUCUGGUCGACUCGCCGCCGGUCACCUAUCGAGCCUUGCCUGGCCCUGUCGAGGGAUCACCUCUCACGCACACAAAUCCGAAUCCUGCGCUGCCGGGGCUAGCCGUCCCAAAGAUAUUUGCCCUUGACGAGCAGUUCUUGUCAUCCAAAAGCUCUUAUGCUGGCCCUGGUGCACCCGCGGGGCACCACAGCGGCUCGUCUGUCAAGCCAUCCCCCUCUCAAAGCCUUCAAGCUCAACCGCAAGAGCUUAAUCCCGCGGACCCAUCUCGAAUCCAGCUUCUCCGGAGCGCAGAACGCACCAUCCAAUCCAUCAGUCAAAGCGAGCCGACGUCGCCACUGUCCCACUCGAUCUUCAACUUCAAGUCGCCGUUUGCAUCUUCUCAAAAGACUAAGGAGACCUCAAUAGCGCCCUCGGCCCCCUCCAGCCAUUCGUCCAGGCUGGCCAAACCAAGCAAUCUCCGCAGUCGAUUCGGCUUGAAAAGCUCAGCCAAAGCAACACAAAAAUCCUCGCAACAGAUUCCCGCUGCACGAAUGGAGCCCAACGUGAUGGUCACGAUCACAAAGCCCACUGUGCCUGAGUCCUCGUCCAACAUCCCAACUCCAUCAGAGCUGCGGAGGCUGUCGAUCGCUUCGAUUGCCUCGAGUAACCCGCAGAGUCCAGCCGUAUCGCUCUCUGAGCACUCGCCAGGGCCACGAGCAAAAGUCGGAUCGUCGCCUUCCAUGCCUCUGAACCUCGGUGGCAUGCUACCUGACCUGUCCAAGUAUCAAAUCAAAAAGUCCAACUCGGUGCGCGAAGACGACGACCCAGGGCAGUCGCGAGCCAAGUUUGCUCGCGUCGGAGCCACCUCGAAACUGCCGGUCUUUGGCUCGGCGAUUCCAUUGCGCAUGCCAACCAAGAAGCCAAACGAAGAGAGCGAGCAGCCACCCUCCAAGAUGCCUGUGCCGACCGCUGGCGGACGCAAAGAGCUCCGCCCAAUCUCAAAGCUGAAACCACCGAAACGCAACUGAUGCAGCUGCAACUUGUCAAGCAGGGGCUGUUGGCAACAUGCUCGCAAGCGCAGCCUGCGAAUGAAGUAGCGGGAACUCGGGCCUCGCUGAGCCAGCUUCAGUCCUGAAUACAUUCACCUUUACAGUCAAUCCAGAGAGAAAGGACACCCCGGAUUUCGGUCAUUGAUCAAAUGUUUUGUUUCCCAAUACCAUCGCGCGCUGGCCAUGAC